AUGGUGUCCCACGUUGAUGACAUCAUGAGUGCGAUGGAGCACACCCUGAACCGGGUCCAGAAGCCGGUCAAGCCCUCCCCCUGUCAUGAGGAGCCAUGUUCCACUGUGAAGCUGACGUGUGUGUGUGUGUGUGUGUGUGUGUGUGUGUGUGUGUGUGUGUGUGUGUGUGUGUGUGUGUGUGUCUCUCUGCAGAAGCUGGUGGUGGAGAACAUGGAGGUCUUGACUCAGAUGAGGACGAGCUUCGACAAACCAGAACACAUGGCAGCUCUGUUCAAGAAGCUCACCUCCGUGGACAGCGUCCUGAAGAGGAUGACCAUCAUCGGAGUCAUCCUGUCCUUCCGCUCUUUGGCUCAGGAAGCUCUGAGAGACGUCCUGUCUUGUCACAUUCCCUUCCUGGUCAGCUCGGUGGAGGAUUUCAAAGACCACAUUCCUCGAGAGACGGACAUGAAGGUGGCCAUGAACGUGUACGAGCUGUCCUCAGCAGCAGGGCUGCCCUGUGAGAUCGACCCGGCCCUGGUGGUGGCGCUGUCCUCCCAGAAGAGUGACAACAUCAGUCCAGAGGAGGAGUAUAAGAUCGCCUGUCUCCUCAUGGUCUUCGUCGCCGUCUCUCUGCCCACUCUGGCCAGCAACGUCAUGUCCCAGUACAGCCCGGCCAUCGAAGGUCACUGUAACAACAUCCACUGUUUGGCCAAAGCCAUCAACCAGAUCGCUGCAGCGCUCUUCACCAUCCACAAGGGGAGCAUCGAGGACCGGCUCAAGGAGUUCCUGGCUCUGGCCUCCUCCAGUCUGCUGAAGAUCGGUCAGGAAACUGAUAAGAUGACGACCAGGAACAGAGAGUCAGUCUACCUGCUGCUGGACAUGAUCGUGCAGGAGUCCCCGUUCCUCACCAUGGACCUGCUGGAGUCCUGCUUCCCCUACGUGCUGCUGAGGAACGCCUACCAUGCCGUCUACAAACAGAGCAUCAGCGCCAGCGCGUAGACCGCCAGGGGCCGCCAGGGACCGCCAGGGGCCGCCAGGGGCCGCCAGGGACCACCAAGGACUGCUACCACACACUACAACACACACUACAACACACUAUAACACACACUACAACACACUAUAACACACACUACAACACACUAUAACACACACUAUAACACACUACAACACACACUACAACACACACUACAGCACAAGCUAACACUCCUUUCCUCCACAACAAAACGUAGCAAUCUGACGCUAAGGACACACACACACACACACACACACACACACACACACACACACACACACACACACACCAGCUGGGCGGGGUUGGGGGAUCAUUGUACCUUUUCCAUGCCGUUCUUGGGGACGUAUAACAGAAGAGACGUAUAAAGAAAUAGUAAAUCUAUAUUUAGCGGCACUAACGUUGUUUUCCUGGACGCCGCUGACGACUCCAGGCUUUUAUUUUGGGAAUGCAGAUGAUUCUGAUGUGAUGUGGGUUUGAGUUUUCCUCUUGCGGACAAUUCCUGUGUUGAAAGAUUGCUCAUCCGUGUCGGUUUAUACACACACACACACACACACACACACACACACACACAACUCUCUCUCUCUCUCUCUCUCUCUCUCUCUCUCUCUCUCUCUCUCUCUCUCUCUCUCUCUCUCUCUCUCUCUCUCUCUCUCUCUCUCUCUCUCUCUCUCUCUCUCUCUCCAUGGUGAAAGGCUCGGCCGGCCGCUGUGGAAUCCCGUCUUUUUUCUUCUAGCUAGCGUAACAUGAGCUCUGUGGGUGAAGCUGUAACGUCUGUAUUCUGCUUGGUGUGAAACAACUCGUCUGUUUUUAAUGUUCUUUUCUUAUUUUUCUGACGAUUUGCCAAAUGAAAGAAAAACCAGGUCCUGGUUCGGGGUGCGCCAGGGGGCGGGGUUAGGGGCGGGGUUUGGGUCGUGCAGGAUGCUUUAGGGUGUCGAGGGGUGGAGAACGGAUGGUCCCACAGUAAGGAGGAGGACCGGGACCGGCCCCAGUUCCAGUCCCAGCUCUGGCCCCCCUCUGGCCCCCCCAGGGCCGGGGGCCAGCUGGUCUCCCAGCCGCUGCUCCAGAUCCGGUUCUGUCCUGCUGGAAGCUCCCUGAAGCUGGAGGUGUUCGAUUCCCAACCUGGACAGGAAGUGAGUUUCACGGUGCAGUUCGGAGGACUUGAGUCCCGCUGACUUCCUGAAACCAGCCGUAGACCCCCCUGCAGCGGUGAGAACCGAGGUCAGCCCAGUUAUCCACAACAGGAAGUUCUCCUCGCUGCUUUUCUCUAAAUGUGAACCGAGAGCUGCUGUUCUUUAACAGUUAGCUUCAAACUAGCCGGUUAGCGUGAGAUUAGCCGGUUAGCUUGAGGCUAGCCGGUUAGCAUGCUAACUGUUCCAGGAAGAGGCCGUGCCAGUCAGGUCUCGGCUCAAGCGAGGUUCCAUCCUGGACCUCGGAGGUUCUGACGGGAGGAAAAUGAAUCAGAAUCUGGAACGACUGGAACCGUGCAUCAGGAAUCCCCCCACCGCUGGACAGUCCCCCUCCCCCAUUAGCCUCCAUGCUAACAUGCUAACAGACCGCUACACUGGAAGCGGUUGGGACCUGGACCCGGACCGGACCGGGCCGGUCUGGACUGGUUCUGCCGGUUGAUGCCGACGCCUGUUUUCUUUCUAACUUCCUGUUUGUGUUCUGGUUCCACCGUGUAACUUAAUAACAAUAAAGUCGACUUUAGGACUG